AACAUGCAGUGCAGCCAGGGUCAGUAAAUGCUUGGCUUGCCUUUCUGUCCCCUCAGGCAAAGGAAGGGUAUGGAAAAGCCCCAGAGGAUAUUUGUGGCAGGAGUGGUCACUCCCUAAAUCCAGGCAAGGAAGCUGAGCGGAGUCCCGCCCCUCCUGCAGUAAGCUCCUCAACUCGGCUGCAGGAGUUUUAAGAGCCGGGAGUAGCUGCACGCCGCGAACUUUCACCAUGGUUUCGGUGACCAGAACAGUGUAUGGAGAGCUGCCCUCCGGAGGAGGGACGGUGGAGAAGUUCCAGCUGCAGUCAGACCUGUUGAAAGUGGACAUCAUUUCCUGGGGCUGCACCAUCACCGCUCUGGAGGUCAAAGACAGGCAGGGGAAAGCCUCCGACGUGAUUCUUGGCUUUGCCGAGUUGGAAGGGUACCUCGAAAACCUGCCCUACUUUGGAUCGGUGAUUGGAAGGGUGGCCAACCAAAUUGGCAAAGGAACAUUCAAGUUGGAUGGGAAGGAAUAUCACCUGGCCAUUAACUAUGGGCCCAACAGUCUGCAUGGAGGACUCAAAGGGUUUGACAAGGUCCUCUGGACCCCUCAGGUGCUCUCAAAUGGCGUCCAAUUCUCCCGCAUCAGUCCAGCUGGUGAGGAAGGCUUCCCUGGAGAGUUAAAAGUCUGGGUGACCUACACCCUGGAUGGCGGGGAGCUCGUGGUCAACUAUAGAGCACAAGCCAGUCAGACCACACCAGUCAGUCUGACCAACCAUGCUUACUUCAACCUGGCCGGCCAGGUAAGGGACCUCGCUCCUUCUCUCCUGCUGUAACUUGCUUCGUGGAAUAACCAGGGACUGUGACUGAAGAGACCAACCCAGUAUGGACUUACUCUGGUCCUGACAAUGAUGAAAAGAGCCCAGGAGAGCAUCUGGCUCCUAGUAGGUGUUCAAUAAAUGGAAGUCAUAGAGGAAGAAGAUGGAAUGAAUACAUCGUACUGUCAAGAAGGGUAUCUGUUCCCGUGGCCAUUUCAAGAACUUCUCUCAU